GCCUGCAAAAUACAGAAAUAAUUUGAGUCCAAAAACAUGGUAGUGCUACAGAAAUUCACUUCUUUUCAUCAGUUCAACAAACACAAAUUAUCUUCUCCUUUAAAGAUUCAAUUUUUCACUUGUUCUGUAAAAUCCAAAAAGCAUCAUCUUUCAUUUAAAAUUUCAUGUGAUUAUAAUCAAAAAUUGGUUUUAGAAUUUGAUCCCAAAAUCCCAAUUGAAGAAGCCAUCACCCCACCUAGUUCUUGGUAUACUGACUCUUGUUUUUACACUCAUGAACUCAAUCAAGUCUUCUUCAAAGGUUGGCAAGCUGUUGGGUACACUGAACAGAUCAAAGAGCCUAGGCAAUAUUUCACUGGAAGAUUGGGGAAUGUUGAGUAUGUUGUAUGUCGAGAUGACAGUGGAAAAAUACAUGCUUUUCACAAUGUUUGUCGGCAUCAUGCCUCUCUUCUUGCCUCAGGAAGUGGGAAAAGCUCUUGCUUUGUUUGUCCAUACCAUGGGUGGACAUAUGGAUUGGAUGGAGCACUUCUAAAGGCAACUAGAAUAACAGGAAUCAAGAACUUCAAAGUGAAUGAGAUGGGACUAGUCCCAAUGAGAGUAGCUGUAUGGGGACCAUUCAUACUUGUCAAUUUUGAAAAUGGAGUUUUGCCUGAACAAGAAUCCGAUUUUGACUUGGUUGGAAACGAAUGGUUGGGUAGUUCAUCCCAAAUCUUGGCUGAUGGUGGAGUGGAUUCUUCAUUGAGUUUUUUAUGCAGACGUGAAUACACCAUUGAGUGUAACUGGAAGGUUUUCUGUGACAACUACUUGGAUGGUGGUUAUCAUGUACCAUAUGCUCAUAAAGGUCUUGCUUCGGGUCUGACACUUGACUCGUACUCUACCACUAUAUUUGAGAAAGUCAGCAUCCAACGAUGUGAAACUGGUAGUGCAGAAAAGGACCAAGACUUUGAUCGACUCGGAUCAAAAGCUUUAUAUGCAUUUGUGUAUCCCAACUUCAUGAUCAACAGGUACGGUCCUUGGAUGGACACGAAUCUUGUACUGCCUCAAGGGCCACGGAAAUGUCUAGUGAUAUUUGACUACUUUCUUGAUUCAUCUGUCAAGGGUGAUGAGAGUUUUAUCGCACAGAGUCUCGAGGAUAGUGAGACAGUGCAGAUGGAGGAUAUAAAGUUAUGUGAAGCUGUUCAACGAGGCCUUGAAUCACCUGCAUACUGCUCUGGCCGCUACGCGCCACAAGUUGAGAAGGCUAUGCAUCAUUUUCACACCCUUCUAUAUCAAAAUCUUUCUGAUUGAUUCAUGUAUAUUUUCAUCUUAUAUUUAACAGCACAGUACUU